UAUUGGAACGAAAAGUAUAGUGCCCACGGAGUACAAGUAAAGUGAAAUAUAUUAGCAGAUAUUAAGAAAAUAACCGAAUAUGGCGCUUUCUGCCUUGGCGUCGUUUGAUGAUCUGCGGCGUUGUAUGCAGGUACUAACUGACGGAACUGCCGAGGAGGAGUUCCUUCGCUUUCUACGAAUAUUCGAACAGUAUUAUGAAAAGUGUGCUGGGUAUGCAGCGGAAACGGCGAGGAUCCAAAGCGAAUUGGACAAGUCGCUGACCAAAAUGGGCGACCUGGAGGGCAAGCUGUUCCAUGCCCGCCGCAUCAUUGAUAUGGAGAUCAAGGCCCGUCGCCAGGCUGAGCAUGAACGCGAUGCUAUGGAGAACAAAAUCAUGGCCGUAGCUGAUCUACUGCGCCAUGAACGUAAUCUGAACAACGAGACCCGGGAUAAGUUGGCCUUUCUUCACACACUGCCCUCUUCCCGGAAGAGGAAGUCCCUAAAUGCAGUCAGGGAAGACAAAUCCUAUGGGGAUAUCAACUCUACGGGUUCGCUGCUGUCCGAUCUAUCCAUCACACACUCUGAGGACGAUUUCCUCGAUGUGCGCCGAUCGAAAUCCUGGCGAGAGCACCGUCCUUCGCUGCCCAAGAAUCCCAUUCCAUGUGUGGGCAAUAAGAGAUCUCGGCUUAGCACGGGUCUUAAUGGCAGUAUGUCAGGAAAUACACCCACGACGACAAAGUCACGUCGCUCUGGGUUGGGUAUCGGAGUGGAGCAGCACACAGUGGAUGUGGGUCAGGGCGCUGAGCGCUUCUGCGCCACCACCAAGGUCACCAUACCCCAGGACGGGCAAGGAGUGAUCCGGGCAGAGUCGACCAUUGAGUCGCUGCCGGUGAUCGGUGGCCACGAGAGGAUCGGCGAGGGUCUGUCCUCAACGCCGCGUCGCUCAGCCCUGAAGGAGCCCACCGCUCCACCUUUGACACCAGUAAACGCAAUGGCUCCCCAUGUGGCUGCUGAAUCGGGCACCCCGAUCCAACAUCGUCCCCUCAUGAGGCAACACACUUUCAGCCAGAAGACGUUCUUGCGCGGCGACAACUGCGUUCAGUGCCAGAAGCGAAUUCGCUUUGGAGCCGUUGGCCUUCGCUGUCGGGACUGCCCUGUACGCUGUCACAUUGACUGCCGGUAUCUUCUUACGGUCAGCUGUGUGCCACAGACAGGAACGCCCACGGCCAAGACCAUGACCGGCUAUGUCAGUGACUUUGCACCUUCAGUAGCGCCCAUGAUUCCGGCUCUGAUUGUGCACUGUGUGAACGAGAUUGAGGCCCGAGGCUUGAAGGAGGUGGGACUCUACAGGCUGUCUUCGUCGGAGCGGGAGUAUAAGGCUCUUAAGGAGCAGUUCUUGAGGGGAAAGGCCACGCCCCAUUUGGGGAACACAGACAUCUAUGUGCUGUGCUGUUGUGUAAAGGAUUUCCUGAGGUCCCUCACUGAGCCCCUCAUUCCGACCAGUCAGUGGAAGGACUUUGCCAAUGCAGUCCAGGAUCCGGACGCCAAAGAUGCUCAGGAAAUGCUCUACAAGUCGGUGAAACAGCUGCCACAAGCCAACCGGGAUACGUUGGCCUUCCUGAUUCUGCAUUUCCAGCGGAUCGCCGAGUGCCGCGAGGUGCUCAUGCCCAUCGACAAUCUGUCGCUUAUCUUCGGUCCCACAAUCGUGGGCUACUCGACGCCAGAUCCAGACCAACAUGCAAUCUAUACGGAGGUCUUUACCCAGAAGCAGGUAAUGAAGGCUCUCCUGGAGUUGCCCGUGUCGUUCUGGGAGCAGUACAUUGCCAUAGAUCAGACCCGGACGCCGGCCACUGUGGUGAAGCGAGUACCUAGCAGCAACAAGGAUUUACUCUCCUUAUAUGCUACUCCUUUCAAGGGCACUAUCAAAAAGCGAAAGUUCUAUGGAACACCGCCAGCCUCUGCCCACAAAAAAUAAUCUGACUUUCCUUGUUGAAAGCUUUUGACGUGUUACUUAAGUUUACUUCAAGUAUUUACAUUUUUUUGUUUCCGGCCAGCCCCACUCAGGCUGUAAUUAUUAUAUUUGUACCCAACUAACCCCGCAUAGAAGUUUUCUUUUAUAAUUAAAGUACUCGAUUAUAAACUGAA